UCUCCUAUAAAAACCCACAACAUUCAAUCUCUUCAGAAAAAAAAUCCUAUCCACAACCAUUGGAUAGAGAAGCAGCGAACAGCUGCGUCAAAAGAAAGUAUCUCCUCAAAUCUCAGAGCCCGUGGGAUUCCACCGUUGUGAUUAGGCCUAGAACCCCUUCCAAACCCCUGAAAAAUCCGUCAAAUACACCCAACCCUAUCCAUGGCGUCGUCUAUCACAGCCUGUAAGUCCUUAUCCGUCGUAGACGGUCGCCUUGCAGACCAUUCGCACCGUCAUGUAUAUGCCUUAAAGAGUGCUCCUUCGGCCGUCAGUUUUUCAAGCUCUCCCUCAGUUUUCUACGCCUCGAGGGUAUCAAAGACGAGCCUCCAAUGGGCGUCGUCGAAAUCGUCCCUGUUGUGGGCCUCGCCCAUACGUCAAGGGGGCUUAAAGAAAGUUGCUGUAAUGGUGAACGCGUCAGAAGAUGUGGAAGAAAUAGUGGAGGAAGUAGAAGAAGAGACAUCAAGUGGGUUUAACGAAAGCUUUGGAGGAAAUCAAUUUAGUGACCCUCCAGAAGAGGCAAAGCUGUAUGUCGGCAAUCUGCCAUUUGAUGUUAAUGCUCAGAUGCUUGGUGAGCUGUUUGAGGAGGCUGGACAAGUCCUGGAUGUCAAUCUCAUCACAGACAGAGAGACCGGAAAUUCACGAGGAUUUGGUUUUGUGACAAUGUCCACUGCCGAAGAAGUAGAGAUAGGCAUUGAAAAGUUCAAUCAAUAUAGUUUUGAGGGCAGGCUUUUGACAGUGAGGAAGGCUUCACCUAGGGGAACUAGAGUUGAAAGACCUGAACUUGGUUCUUCCAAUAAAGUUUAUGUUGGUAAUUUGCCAUGGCAAACUGAUGACAAUUCACUGCUGCAAUUAUUCAGUGAACAUGGAAAAGUUUUGGAGGCAAGAGUUGUAUAUGAUAGGGAUACUGGACGGUCACGAGGCUUUGGAUUUGUGACAUACGCAUCACAGAAUGAAGUGAAUGAUGCCAUUAGUGCCCUUGAUGGAGCUGACAUGGAUGGUAGGCCCUUGAGAGUGAGUGUAGCUGAGAAUAGGCCUCGGCGGUUUUGAGGCAGAAAAAUAAAUCUAAUCUGCUUAUCAUUUUCUGCUUUUACUUGUAUCUUUGUACGUUGGGUUACAUUCUUUUUUGCUUCUUUCUUUUGUAUUGGAAAUUUCUGUAUUUCUUUCCAGAGGAGGUUGUCUCUUUACACAUUUUCAGGCAGUGUUCAUCAUUACCAUAUAAUUUAGUUCAUUUAUCAGAAGUUGUAAUUAAGGCAGGUUCUAGCCAUCUUUUUCA